UUUCCCAGAUAAGAAACUUUUGGGAAAAGCCAGUCAUGUAUAUCAGAAGCCAUAAAGCUCCAGAAUACAUACAAUUUUGAAACCAAUGGCCUAGAUUUUAAAUAUUAAAGGAGUGAACAAUGCAAUUCAGGUGUCAUGUCCUUGGCAUCAGACACCGGAACAACAUUUCUCCACACCUGCUACUGUCUGAAUAAGUGAGAGAGGGCUCUGACCUCUGAACUCUGCGGAGAGCACAUGUCAUCCUGGUUCAGAUAAGGUAUGAUUCAGACCACCUUAAUGAGGGAGAGGGUCAUCCGCUGGGGGAGGUGACCUACAGUAUACGUCACACUGGGACACCAGCUGUCUUUAUAAGGUGACAGUUAUCAGUACUUGCAGUUUGGUCCACUCUAUCUUCAAGGUGUUCUUCAAAAGGUUUCAAGGGGCUUCUCCGUGGCUUCAUCAAUAUUACACUGCAUGUGCUCCAGACAAGCAAGUACUGCACUUCACUGGACACGUAUCAAAUUUCCAGAAGGCGACCUGAGGAUGAGCCUUCACGUGUGGUGUAUGUUGGUCCUGUUUCUCUGUCCGAGCACUAAAGAGAUGGUUGUGGAUAAAACCAGACCGACAAGAUGGCAUUCAUAUCAGAUGGAAAAAGGACAACACAUCAUCCAAAACCUCAAAAGGCAUUCAGACGGGACGUUCACCAGCGACUUCACCCACUAUCUAGAUAAGAUUAAGGCUAAAGAUUUUGUGGAGUGGCUCGCCAGCACCAAACGAGAAGGGUGUCAUGAAGAAGUUUAAAGAUUACAUGUACAGUAGUUUGAUACUGCUUUACAUCAUCCAGCAGCAUAAAGGAAGAUGAAUCAUCUGCAACAACAUUUUUAUUCUCAAAAUAAAAGGUACAUUUUGCAUUUCAUAUCUCAUAUUGUUUGUUAUUUAGAAAUGACCAUCUACAGGCUUCCUGUUAUUUCAAACGCAGUCAUGUUCAGAUACCGACACCUUGCAGAGAAUGCAGGCUCGAUGUACUUUUGAUUUUGAUUUUUUCUGCAGUAUGAAUAAACUUAAGAUGCAAGAUGAAAAAAAAAAUAACAAGAUAAUCAAUUUAUGGUCUUUUUCUG